UUUACCUGAGCUUAAUCGGAUAAGUCCGUCACUUUCCGUCAACGCACUGAAAGUUCGCUCCGGUGUGUGUUUCGUCUGCACUGUCACCCUACAUCCAAUGUGUCUGAUUGGAGUUUUGUGAAUGGAAUGUUAGGCGCUUUCAGUGAUUAUUAGGAAUACCUGUCACCUCAGCUUUACUCAUAAGUGAUACAGUGUUACAGUUUCAAAAUGUGUCGUGACAAAUAUCCAUGUGUUCUCUCAUUUCGUUCAUUAAUAGGCGUUUUAACUUUUUUAGUGUUCUCCGUCUGCGUUUCGUGGGCCAAACAAUCUUGUCAUGACAUUUCGCUUGAAGCACGUGAAGAAUUAGCCAAUGUUGUGAUCACUGGCACGGUGAAGGAAGUCAUGAUAGAUUCGACCCACGAAGGCAUGUACAAAGGGGAGGUCGAGGUAAAAAGAGUCUUCAAGGAUCGAGGAAAUUUAGUUCCAAAAGUAGCAAAUUUUGAAGACCCCGUAUCGCAUAGAAAAAUGGUGAUGAUCGAAGGGUUUGGGGACCCCCAUAUAUGUGAUAGUGACGUUAAAAAAUAUGACACCAAAAUAUUUCUCCUCAAUACAAACGGUAACGGUGAAUUAAAAUUAAACUCUAGUAUUGUUCCAGUUACGUUUAUAAACCUGCAACAUGCUGAUGCCGUAGUCAGAGAUAUACCUUAUAAGAAGCCAGAGCUGCCAAAAGUUUCUCCCUGUCGAGCGUAUUUCUGCGCUUUUGGUGCCGUCUGCAUGGUGAAUGAGAAGAACAAUACAGCGUAUUGUAAAUGUAAGCAGAAAUGUAAACCAGUAUUUGCACCUGUUUGUGGUACGAAUGGUGUCACCUAUGCUAGUGAAUGUCUACUACAUAAAACAAGCUGUACAACACAACGUAGGAUCCGGAUCAAGUCUCGAGGAGAAUGUGGAAUACCAGACCCAUGUGAGGGAGAAGUCUGUACCUAUGGUGCCAAAUGUAUUCCUUCCAUUGAUGGUUCUUCACAUCGUUGUGUCUGUCCAGAUCGAUGCGAUACGUUUGGGGACAGUUUGGGCAGCACCCCCGUCUGUGGUAGCAAUGGAAUAGAUUAUAGUAACAUGUGUGAAUUACAUCGAGCCGCUUGCAACAGCAUGAAGGAAAUCCGAGUCAAAUACUACGGAAAGUGUGAUCCGUGCGAGAAAAAUAAGUGUAAAGAGCCUCAGGUUUGUCAACUUGACGAACUCAGAAAACCAAUAUGCAAAUGUAAUUUUAUAUGUUACGAGGACUUUGAACCUGUCUGUGGUAGUGAUGGCAGGACAUAUAGUAACGAAUGUAUGCUUAAAAAAGAAGCCUGCAAGGCACGAAAAGAAAUACAUCUUACUUACAAAGGAAAAUGCAGCACAGCUCUCCGAGUUCUAACUGGAACAGUACAAGAUGAGUAUAAUAACAAACAUGGUGAUAAUCCAUGUGACGAUAUCAGGUGUGGUCCCGAGGAGGAGUGUAGUAUAGACAGACAGGGAUCCGCGUCAUGUAUCUGCCCCACCCCCUGUGAACCGGUGAUGAGACAAGUCUGUGGUAACGACAGUGUCACUUACGAUAACGAGUGUGAAUUACGUAGGAAGUCUUGUUUGACCAAAAAAUUUGUCACAGUUGCUCAUACAGGAGUUUGCGGAGGAGAUGUACCAUGUAGAAAUUUUAAAUGUGAAUAUGAUGCCGAGUGUGUGGAGAGGGAAGGUCAGCCAUCUUGUGAAUGUAAAAUAUGUACAGAACAAUAUGAACCUGUUUGUGGCUAUAAUGGUAUAACAUACGAGAAUGAAUGCAAAUUACGAUUUGAAAAUUGUAAAUUUAAACAAAAUGUUCAGAUAAAACAUCGGAAAUCUUGUAACGGUUGUGAAAAUGUAAAAUGUGAAUUUUAUGCAAUUUGUGAAAGUGAUGGAACUCAAGCCAGGUGUGUUUGUCCUACGUCCUGCAUACCUGUUGAAGCUGAAGUAUGUGGAAGUGAUGGAAAAACUUAUCUUAAUGAAUGUGAACUAAAAGUAGCAGCUUGUCGUAGAAAACAGUUUAUAUCAAUAGCUUCAACAGGCUCCUGUAAUAAAUGUGCUGAUGUUGUGUGUCAAUAUGGAGCUAAAUGUGAAAAUGGAGCAUGUGUUUGUCCGAUCAUGUGUCCAACAGUCCGAGAACCUGUCUGUGCCAACGAUGGUGUAACUUAUUCUAACGAAUGUGAGAUGAGGCGAGCAUCGUGCGGCCUGAGUAUAAACCUGGUCAUCUUUCCCAAUGAUCGAUGUGAUGACGAAGUUAUUUCUUCAGGUUCAGGAGAGGGAUCAUCUGAGGGUUCAGGGGUUGGGUUUGUAAGUACUUGUGAUGAGAAAACCUGUGGAUUUGGUGGUUCUUGCGUCCAAGAUGAAGAUGGAAGUAGUAUUUGUUAUUGUAAAGACAACUGUGAUGCCGUCAGAUCACAAGUUUGUGGGUCUGAUGGGAAGAGUUAUGGUAAUGAAUGUCAGUUGAAAUAUGAAUCGUGUAGACAACAAAAGGAAAUAACUGUCGCAUCUUCAGAUAAUUGUGAUGAUAUUGGAGAGGAGGAACCAUGUGAUGGAUUACCAGCUUUGAUUAAUCCUCUAACUGGUAAAGAUUAUGAUUGUCAAGAUGGCAGUGAUAGAUGUCCAAGCAGCAGUUAUUGUCAUCGUGGAUCAUUCUUUGCUAAAUGCUGUCCUCAAGAACAGCAGAUAAAGAAAUGUUCAGAAACUAAAUAUGGAUGUUGUCGUGAUGGUCAGACAAGUUCUCCCGGACCCAAAGGGGCAGGGUGUCCAGAAUAUUGUCACUGUAAUUCCCUUGGUUCGUAUACGAAUAACUGUGAUCCCAGUACUCGUCAAUGUACCUGUAAACCUGGAGUUGGAGGACUACGAUGUGACCGUUGUCAACCUGGAUAUUGGGGACUACACAAGAUAGUUGAUAUGGGCAAUCCUGGAUGUAUACCGUGUAAUUGUAAUUCAUAUGGUUCUAUAAGAGAUGAUUGUGAUCAGAUGACUGGACGAUGUAUGUGUAGACCGUAUAUUAACGGUAUGAAGUGUAAUCUGUGUAGUGAUGGUAACCUAUUAGGACCUGGUGGAUGUGAAGCUAAAGAUACUCCUACAUCAUGUCGAGAUCUGGUUUGUAAAUUUGGAGCUAUUUGUGAGAACAUUGAAGGCCGACCCGAAUGUGUUUGUGAUCAGAGUUGUGAUGAUCGAGAUGUAAGGCAGGAUAUUGUUUGUGGAACAGAUGGACAGAAUUAUGGAUCGGAAUGUCAGCUGGAAAUGUUUGGAUGCCGUCUUCAAAAGGAUAUAAGUGUUGCUUACCGAGGACCUUGUAGAGCUGCUCCGUCUCCCAGAACUACAGCACCUCCGUUAUCUACAUCACAAUCCCAUUAUUAUUCAAAUUCAUUACCUGUUUCAGUAUCUGUUUGA